AUGAGUUCCAAUGAUGAUUCUGACGGUUAUUGCGAGAAUCAUUCCGAAAUCCACGAGACAAAUGAUGAAGGAAUGGCCAGAGCCAACAAGGCAGAGAUAACCGAAAACAUGGAUUCAAUGGUUCCUUCCAUGAAUGAUGACAUGAAGAAAGGAUUGUCCGUAUUCGAAGAAGAUCUCGAAGCGAAAAACCGAGUUGCCGCCAGAGGAGCACCCGCCAAGGCGCUGAAAAGGGGAACUGACGAAGAAAACAGUACCGUUGCAAUCGGUAAAGGCCAACCAAAGGCUGCCAAAGCGCUAAUUUCAGCACAAGAAGACGUUGUUCUUCGUGAUCUCACGUUGACAGAGACCGACAACAAGAAGAUUCUUACCGCCGAAGAGGGCAGUGGGUCCCCCUUUGACCCCAACGGCGACAUCAUGCCCAUACCGACACAACUUCGGCGACAAAACGCGGAUGUGGAAGCCCUCCCGGGUGCCUAUGCAGCGGGCACUCCUGGAUUGCCCAUAACCAGACAGGUAGAGCUACAACUCUCACUCGUCGGUGCCGCUGCUCGUGCUCAGAGUGAGGAGAACGUGAACCAGGCAAGCUUCCAUGGCACGGACAGCAAAAGUAGCGGAUUAUCUUGUGCUCCGUCUAGUACGGCAAAUUUGGCUGUGGCAAAUUUGGUAACCGAGAUCAAUAUCAGUCAAUUGCCAGCUGCAGAACCAGAUGUUGGCGAAAUGGACGAGAUCAGAAGGGAACGACGCAACACGACAAACAAGUAUUUGUUGGCUGGAACCCUUGUCGGCAUUUUCAUCCUGGUUGUGAUUGGAAUCAUCCUCGCCGUAGUAUUUGCAAGGCCAACUGAUGACGACAGCAUCGAUCUGUCUUUAUCUUAUUCCGACCAAAACGGGCGGCUGACUAAAGAAGAGUAUAUGUCGUCCUUGCUGCCGGAUGAAACGGUGGCUAAAAUUGACAUUGAUGCCGUCAAAACAAACGCAACAGACACAACACCCCAAACCAAAGCAUUUCUCUGGUCCCUCAACGACCCAAAUUUUGAAUCUUAUGAAGGAUGGCAACUUGUGCAGCGCUUUGCAUUGGUGUGCUUUUUCUAUUCCACCGGUGGUGACACUAGCUGCGUUGAACUGAAUCAUGCAUGGAUGGCCAACAACAGCUUGACAGGCCCACUUCCACUAGAAUUCUUCUUGUUGACGUCUCUGAGGUCAAUUGAUCUGACCGAUAACCCAGGUCUAACUGGGACCAUAUCCUCUAAGAUUGAACUCACAGGACAACUGCCAUCAGAGAUUGGGCUCAAUACUAACCCAUCAAUAGUGGGGUUUUGGGGCAAUGCAUUGACCGGAACAAUCCCUACAGAACUUGGUCAACUCACAUCAAAUUUUCUAGAUCUUUCAGGGAACCAACUCACCGGCUUGCUUCCAUCAGAGCUUGGCAAUUUACUGCGCAACCUUGUCACAUUCAGCCAGAAGUAUGUUGAUAUAAUGGAGGAGUUGAUUCCUGGCAUUGACAGGAAAUUUGUUCUGGAUAUCAUCUUGCAAGCAGCUCUGGAAAAUUCAAACAAUGCAAUCUUACUUGGCAACAACCAGCUAUCAGGAACCAUUCCAACGGAACUUGGAAACUUUGAUGAUGUACAAGUCGUGAGCCUGACUAGGAAUGCCUUAACUGGGACCAUUCCCACUGAGCUUGAUGCUUUCAUUGCAAUCCAAUUUUCUGACAGGAACAAUCCCAGUGGAGGUGGGCUCAUUGACUGCAGCAAAUGGAUCAUUGCUGGGUUUGAGAAUAUGGUCAAGUGGCCUCAGUGGAAGAGUUCCAGAUUCUCUCUGCUCAUUGGGAAAAUGGAAUGA